GGCAAAGGAACUUUUAGAAAAUUUUACGGCAAUUAAAAUGGCAAAAGCCUUCUUUGUAAACAGUGGAUCAGAAGCCAAUGAUACUCAGGUGAAGCUGGUUUGGUAUUAUAAAAAUGCACUUGGAAGAUCAAAUAAAAAGAAAUUUAUAGCUCGAGAGAAGUCGUAUCAUGGUUCAACUUUGAUAUCAGCUAGUCUUUCUGGCCUUCCCGCUUUGCAUCAAAAAUUUGAUCUGCCAGCUCCAUUUGUAUUGCAUACUAAUUGCCCUCAUUACUGGCGCUUUCAUCUUCCAGGAGAAACAGAGGAGGACUUCUCAACCAGAUUAGCCAAUAAUUUGGAGAAUCUUAUCCUCAAAGAAGGACCAGAGACGAUUGCUGCUUUCAUUGCCGAACCUGUCAUGGGGGCAGGAGGCGUGAUACUUCCUCCUGCAACAUAUUUUGACGAGAUUCAAGAUGUUGUAAAGAAAGAUGACAUUCUUUUCAUUGUGGACGAGGUAAUUGGUGGAUUUGGAAGGCCGGGCACAAUGUUUGGGUGCGACAAGUACAAACAUAAAACCAGACCUUGUGUCCCUUGCAAAGUACUUGUGAGCCCCGAAGUAUCAGCAGUCAUACAUGCAUUGAACACUCCUGAGUAA